AUGUACCAGUAUAUUGAACUAAGAUUCAAGUCCAGAGCUGCAAGACUGACGGCCACAGUCAUAAAUAUACUGUCCUCGUUAAUAUACACCGGGAUUGCAUCAUUUGCUCCUGCAACAGCCUUAGAAGCAGUAACUGGUUUUCCUGAGUGGGGCUCCUUUCUUCUGAUCGGUUUAGUUUGUACAUUUUACACUUUCAUGGGUGGGUUGAAAGCUGUUGUGUGGGUUGAUGCAUUUCAGGCCAUCAUCAUGUUUGGUUGUCUAUUUACUAUUGUGAUUAAGGCCACUGUAGAAGUAGGAGGUUUUUCUAAAGUGUGGGAACUGAAUGACCAGUGGGGUCGAAUAAACUUUUGGAACUUUGAUUUCGAUCCAACAGUUCGACACACCUUUUGGGCAUUAACAAUUGGAGGCAUGAUCAACUGGGUGGGGACAUUUGGAGCAAGUCAACAGAGCAUACAGAGGUUUAGUGCCUUGCCCUCACUCAGGGAAGCGAAAAUCGCUGUUUUGCUGAACUGUUUUGGACUCUUUCUGAUGGUAACAACAGCGUGUUUGGCGGGGAUUUCUGUUUUUGCUUUCUACGCAAUAAAAGGAUGUGACCCAUAUACAGAUAAAGAAAUCAAAAGUUCAAACCAGAUCAUCCCACUCUUCGUGAUUCAAAUGUUGCAUGUUCCAGGAGUACCUGGUUUGUUUAUAGCUGGUCUCUUUAGUGGUGCUUUAAGUUCUGUAUCAUCCAAUCUCAGCUCACAAGUAGCCACAUCAUGGGAAGACAUCAUAAAACCUCACGUCAAAAAUAAAUCUGAUAGAGUCCAGGCAUGGAUAACCCGUAUGUUAGUGAUUUUAUUUGGAAUUCUGGGCUUGGGAGUUUCUUUUGUCAUAAAGAAUUUUGGAGGAACUGUGUUACAGCUCUCUCUAAGCUUUAUGGGGGCUGCUGGCGGGGCAUUAAAUGGAUUCGUGGUUCUAGGAGCGUUUUUCCGGUCAUGUAACUUUAUUGGAGCUAUGGUGGGACCACUUGUAUCCUAUGCUGUGAUGAUGUGGAUCGGUAUUGGCAAGUACAGUGUGAUAGGAGUAAAGGAAAAAUUGGACUUCCCUUCAGAAACCUGUUCUGCUAAUCUUAACCUAACGCCUCCCACGACAUUUAUGACCCCCAUGAUCCAAGAUAAUCUAACUGGUUUUAAUUUUUCCACGCCUAAUUUCGACCAGACUGUGAUACUCACCAAUAUCUCUACUGCUAUCACAACACAGGCAACUGAAGUAGCCGAAGAGAGGUCUUCCCUUCAUGCUCUAUACUCCUUGUCCUAUUUGUGGUACUCCACUCUAGGAUUACUUAUAGCAGUCAUUGUGGGUCUCUGUGUCAGUUUAGCUACAGGACCAAUGAAAGCAGACGAAGUAGAUCCAAAAUACCUAAUACCCAUCUGUGAUUGGUUAUGUUGUUGUCUACCAAAGACCUGGAGGAAGAAAUUAUGUCAUUGUACAAGCUAUGAAGAGGACCAGUCCCAAAGCGAUCCAGAAGGAAACACAGAGUCGUUCGCUGACAUUAACGUGGUCCUUAAGGAGAUUAAAGAGAUAAGUAAUGGAGAUGGAAAUCAGACAAUGGAGGUUCAAAAUUUGUCUGCAAGAGAUUUGUGGAAGUCUGAUAUCAGUCAUUUUGUCCAUUCCCAGUGAGACUAGAGGAACUGUACUGGCUAGACAGUAAACAUAUCAUUGUGUUCUGUCCUUUGUAUUUUGUUUAUGUGAGACUAGACGUUGUUAAACUGUAAUUUUUUUUUAGGUUUUCCUGUUAGAAUUUAUGUAAUCAUGUUUUUGACGGCUUUCCCCAUGCCGUUUUGAAAUUAUAGCGUCAAUGAACAUUUUUUUUUAUCUUUUUCUCUGCCCCUUGCAAUUGUCCAUUGUUUAAGUGAAACUGAACGUUGUUAAAAUGUAACUCGAUUGAACGUAUCUUGUUA